AUGAGCACCCUCUAUGGCUCUCUUAAGUGUAUCGUACGCCCUCACUCCCCAGCGGAAACCAUAGACACCUGUAGGACUUCUGUCUUAGCAUUCACGAUGAAGCACCAACCGGAACCUUCUGCUCACGAGCAGCUCACAUCUUCCGCAUCGGCGUCUCAGUAUCCCGCUAAGAAUUACGAGUUCGAUCCUGUUACCUCCGAUGCUCGUCUAGAUACGAUCCUUGAUGAUACACCCUUGCUCCCGCCUACAAGCGACACGCAUCAGUCCCUAGAGGAAGCUACAGACGAAUUCUUCCGUGUAAAUCAGGGUUUCCGCCAGCUCUGCGGUGGCGAUGGCUUCUCCAGCAUCGGUGAAAAUCGCAAUACGGAGGUUACCUUGAUGAGUAGCCAGGACGGUGGCGUCGAGGUGCCACAUGAUGAGAUCGAGACGCAGGAGACGGUGAAAGCGCUGUGGGACACUUGGGGGCAGGUACAGCUGCAGGAGGGCAAGAACCUUCCCGUGGCUCAGAAGCAGACUGAGGAGCCGACCUAUGAGCCUUCUCGGGAGAGUAUUACGUCUUUGGAUGAACAGAAGCUCUCAGAGACGCAGAAAACCGAGGCUGAGCCGUCCAGCGGGUGGAACCCUUAUUCCGAUGAGUACGUUGAUCAUUACUUCGUGCAGAGCUCCAUGGCCAAGAAGCGCAUGAACGAUGAGCUGAAUCGUGGGGGCGCGGCGAAGAAGCGUCACUCUCAAUCUGCGAAUGCCUUGUUGCUUAGUCCGCCGCCGAGCUCCCCGAAGCUCCCGGUCGUGCAAGCAGAUGCUGGCGAUCGAAAGGCGUUUUAUCUAGCGGCACCUCCUCUGGGUCAGGCCCGCUAUGAUACAGUGGACGAAAAGCUCCACGCAGAGCUGUCGCGAUAUUUGCCUCCAACGACGGACCAGAAUAGUGUGCAGAUGGGUCCACGGUACAAUGCGGCUUCAUCGUUGUAUCAGAAUCUGUAUGCUCCGCCCCCGUUGCAUUACAACGCCUACGCUCCACGACCGUCACCGUACUCUCUCCAGCCAGCGCUUUCAUACUCUGGCUACGGACAAGCUACAUCCUCCCCCGCAUACGCUCAACCUCCGCUAGCUGACUGCACUCCAGUCCCUGCAUACCCUGGCUACGUUCCAGCUUCGCUCACUGAUCCAGCAGCCGUGCAUUACACUCCACAAGCCUUACUACCUACGAUUCCUACAGCUCCCAAGGCAAAGUCACCUGCCCAAAAGAAGACGCGCGCUCCAGCCCAGAAGGCGAAGACCGUCCCUGGCUCCGAUAUUACAGUUUUGCUCCACCACAUCACGCGUGGCAUCCAAAAUAAAACCACUGAGGUGCUGUACCAAGCUGCUCUGGACAUCAAUCAAUUCAUCCACGAGUGGCAUGGCGAACGCGACCGUCUGGAGCUCAUCAUGGAGAAGCGUUUGGCGGAUUACGAUGAUACGCAACCCGAUAGUCCUGGCAACCAGAAGUAUAGCCCGAAAGAGCGCGAGUUGCGGAAGACGUUGAUGUCCAAGAUCCGUGCGUUCGAGAAGAAGUUCGACACCGUGAAUGCAGAGCUGCAGAAGCGUGGUGUCCUUGUUCCAAUUUGAGGAGGCCGAGGGAAUUGGUGUGCAAAAUAGUGGAUGUUGACGACAGGGCGGAUUGGUGAGCAAUCACUAGGUGAAAUGGGUAUCAUGCAUGGCGUUUAUGAGUACCUACGGUAGCUGUUUCGGUCGUUUGCCUAUAGGGCUGGAACGUCAAAUGUUUGCUUUUUUGAGAG